AAUAUCUCCUGUCCCUCUAUAUAUACCAAACUCUGGUUGGUCUUCAUCUUCACCAUUCACCUUCUUAAAACCCUAACUAGCUCAGAGCCACCAUGGAUUUCAAACCACUGUUUCUACUUCUCUUCUUCCUCUCUGCUACAACCGCCACAGCUCCGGCUCCUCCGGUAGCCAAGCCACCGCCAACUCCUUAUCCGCCUGCCGUCAAGACAGCACCGCCUCCACCGACGCCGCCGCGCGCGCCUGUCAAGCAGACACCUCCUCCUCCUCCUGCACCAGUCAAGACAACUCCCCCUCCGCCGCCUGCUCCAGUCAAGGCGCCGCCGUCUCCUCCUUCGCCGCCGGCGAAGCCACCCGUCGGACCUCCUGCUACCCCAGUAUAUCCGGCGCCCCCUCCCCAUCCGCCGAGAAACAGAGAAGAGUGCGCGCCGCCAUGCACGGUGAGGUGCAAGCUGCACUCGAGGAAGAAAGUGUGCCUGAGAGCGUGCAUGACCUGCUGUGAACGCUGCAAAUGCGUGCCGCCGGGGCAGUACGGCAACCUGGAGAAGUGCGGUAGCUGCUACGCCAACAUGACCACCCGCGGCGGCCGGCGCAAGUGCCCCUAGAUCCCCGGCCGACCUCAAUCCGCCAUUGUUGCGCCUUUCUAGGAGCUCUUUAAUUUAUUGUCACUACUAUAUAUGCCCCUCCUCGAUGUAGCUGUAUUUCUCUCAUAUCUCUACUCUACCAACCUAAGAAUAUAUUCUAUUCUCUAAAUCUCUAUCUUCGGUAUUAUGGCA